GGGAGAGAGAAGGAGAAAGAUCCCUUUAUUAUGAAGGGAUAAAAUAAUAGUUAAUUACCCAAAAUAAAAAAAUAUAUUGAGAGAGAAUACAUAACAGAAAAAAUGAUAUUUUUUAUUAAAAAAAAGUCAGAAAGAUGAAGCUCAAUAAAAGGGAGGAUAUAGAGUUAGAGUAAGAUAAUAAAGGAAGGUGGGUGGGGUGUGCGUUACUAGCAAGAACUAUAGCCAUAGCUAGGGAGGGUGGUAGAGGUAGUGAUAGUGGGAAAACUAAGAAGGUUGUUCAUUAAAAGCUUAUAAUAAUAAGAGAAUUUUCCUUGUUUUUUAAUUGAAAAUGUCACAACAAGAUUCUGAGGAAGAGAUAAAGACCAUUGAACAUUGGAAAUGGUCUGAAAUGCAAGGACUUGAGCUUGUUCCAGGAGAAUCACAACCACCACCACCACCAACAACAACAAGAACAGCAUCAAUGGAGGAAGAACAAAGAGGAGAACAAUACAAGGAGCAAGAAAAAAUGGUGGAGAAGGUCACUUCAGAAGCAAAUAGAGAUGGUGGUGCUGCUACUAGUACUAGUGGUGGUGGAGAAAAAGGUGAAAGUGUUGAACCUGUUGGGUUUGGUGAGCUUUUCAGAUUUGCUGAUUCAUUGGAUCACAUCCUAAUGGGAAUUGGAACAAUUGGAGCAAUGGUACAUGGAUGUUCAUUGCCACUGUUCUUAAGGUUCUUUGCUGAUCUUGUGAACUCUUUUGGUUCCAAUGCCAAUAAUGUGGACAAGAUGACCCAGGAAGUUGUUAAGUAUGCAUUUUACUUCCUUGUUGUUGGUGCUGCUAUAUGGGCAUCAUCAUGGGCAGAGAUUUCAUGUUGGAUGUGGACAGGUGAGAGGCAAUCAACAAGGAUGAGGAUCAAGUAUCUUGAAGCUGCUUUAGAACAAGACAUUCAAUUCUUUGACACAGAGGUUAGAACCUCAGACGUUGUUUCUGCAAUCAACACUGAUGCUGUCAUGGUCCAAGAUGCCAUUAGUGAGAAGUUGGGUAAUUUCAUUCACUACUUUGGCACAUUUAUUUCUGGGUUUGCUGUGGGAUUCAGUGCUGUGUGGCAAUUAGCACUGGUCACUCUUGCUGUAGUUCCUAUGAUAGCUGUCAUUGGAGCCAUUCAUACAACCACUUUGGCCAAGCUCUCUGCUAAAAGCCAAGAAGCUCUUUCUCAAGCAGGCAACAUUGUUGAACAGAUUGUUGUUCAAAUCAGAGUGGUGUUGGCAUUUGUUGGGGAGAAUAGAGCACUGCAAGGUUACUCAUCUGCACUGAGGAUUGCUCAGAAGCUUGGAUACAAAACUGGAUUUGCAAAGGGAAUGGGAUUGGGUGCUACUUACUUUGUUGUUUUCUGCUGCUAUGCUCUUUUGCUUUGGUAUGGUGGAUAUCUAGUUAGGCAUCACUACACCAAUGGAGGAUUAGCCAUUGCAACCAUGUUUGCUGUUUGUAUUGGUGGAUUGGCUUUAGCCCAGUCUGCACCAAGCAUAGCUGCAUUUACAAAGGCCAGAGUGGCAGCUGCGAAAAUUUACCGCGUGAUCGAUCACAAGCCGGCUAUAGAGAGAAACAAUGAAUCCGGUGUGGAGUUAGACAGUGUCACAGGACUAGUGGAGCUGAAAAAUGUGGACUUUUCAUAUCCAUCUAGGCCAGAUGUUAGGAUUCUCAACAAUUUCACCUUAAGCGUGCCUGCCGGCAAGACCAUAGCCUUGGUGGGAAGCAGCGGCUCCGGAAAGAGCACGGUUGUGUCCCUCAUAGAGAGAUUCUAUGACCCUUCAUCAGGACAAGUUUUGUUAGAUGGGAAUGAUGUUAAGAGUUUGAAGCUAAAAUGGUUGAGGCAGCAAAUAGGACUAGUGAGCCAAGAACCGGCUUUGUUUGCGACGACAAUUAGAGAAAACAUACUCUUAGGAAGAUCUGAUGCUGACCAAGUUGAGAUUGAAGAAGCUGCAAGAGUAGCCAAUGCUCAUUCUUUCAUUAUCAAACUUCCAGAAGGUUAUGAAACACAGGUAGGUGAAAGGGGGUUGCAACUUUCAGGAGGCCAAAAGCAGAGAAUUGCUAUAGCAAGGGCAAUGCUGAAGAACCCAGCAAUUCUUCUCCUAGAUGAGGCGACAAGUGCGUUGGACUCCGAGUCAGAAAAGCUUGUGCAAGAAGCACUUGAUAGGUUUAUGAUUGGUAGAACAACACUUGUGAUUGCACACCGCCUUUCCACGAUUCGCAAAGCUGACCUUGUUGCAGUACUUCAGCAAGGAAGUGUAUCAGAAAUUGGAACUCAUGAUGAGCUUUUCGCCAAAGGCGAAAAUGGAGUCUAUGCCAAGCUUAUCAGGAUGCAAGAGGCUGCCCAUGAAACUGCCAUGAGUAAUGCUAGAAAGAGUAGUGCAAGGCCUUCGAGUGCAAGAAACUCUGUAAGUUCACCUAUUAUUGCUCGGAACUCUUCUUACGGCCGGUCACCAUACUCAAGAAGGCUAUCUGACUUCUCCACAUCGGAUUUUAGUCUUUCCAUUGAUGCAUCACAUCCAAAUUACAAGCUCGAAAAGCUUGCCUUCAAAGAGCAAGCCAGUUCCUUUUGGAGACUUGCAAAGAUGAACUCUCCUGAAUGGCUCUAUGCUUUAAUUGGUUCUAUAGGUUCAGUUGUUUGUGGAUCCCUUAGUGCCUUCUUUGCUUAUGUUCUUAGUGCUGUUCUCAGUGUCUAUUACAAUCCAAACCACAGACACAUGAUCCGAGAAAUAGAAAAGUACUGCUACUUGUUAAUAGGACUUUCAUCCGCAGCUCUUAUCUUCAAUACAUUGCAGCAUUUCUUCUGGGAUAUUGUUGGGGAAAAUCUCACGAAACGAGUGAGGGAGAAAAUGUUCAGUGCAGUGCUCAAGAACGAAAUGGCAUGGUUCGAUCAGGAAGAAAAUGAGAGUGCUAGAAUUGCAGCAAGGCUAUCUCUUGAUGCCAACAAUGUCAGAUCAGCCAUUGGAGAUCGAAUUUCGGUAAUUGUGCAGAACACUGCACUUAUGUUGGUUGCUUGCACUGCAGGGUUUGUACUACAGUGGCGCCUUGCUCUCGUCCUUGUAGCCGUCUUCCCAGUUGUUGUUGCAGCCACUGUUUUGCAGAAAAUGUUCAUGACUGGUUUCUCUGGUGACCUUGAAGCUGCUCAUGCUAAGGCCACACAACUUGCUGGGGAGGCUAUAGCCAAUGUAAGGACUGUUGCAGCCUUUAAUUCAGAAAAGAAAAUCGUAGGACUUUUCGUCUCGAACCUUGAAAUUCCUCUACGACGCUGCUUUUGGAAGGGACAAAUUUCUGGAAGUGGAUAUGGGAUAGCACAGUUUGCACUCUAUGCUUCCUAUGCACUUGGUCUUUGGUAUGCUUCUUGGCUUGUGAAGCACGGAAUAUCUGACUUCUCUAAAACAAUCCGAGUUUUUAUGGUCCUCAUGGUCUCGGCUAAUGGUGCUGCUGAAACUUUAACUCUGGCUCCUGACUUCAUCAAGGGGGGUAGAGCCAUGAGGUCUGUCUUUGAACUCCUUGACCGCAGAACUGAAAUUGAGCCGGAUGAUUCUGAUGCUACACCUGUUCCUGACCGGCUUCGUGGUGAAGUUGAGCUGAAACAUGUUGACUUCUCUUACCCUACUCGGCCGGAUAUGCCUGUUUUCCGGGACCUCAGUCUUCGUGCAAGAGCAGGUAAAACUCUAGCCCUUGUAGGGCCUAGUGGCUGUGGUAAGAGCUCAGUCAUUGCACUUAUCCAGAGGUUCUAUGAUCCAUCUUCCGGUCGAGUCAUGAUUGAUGGAAAGGACAUAAGGAAAUACAACCUUAAGUCCCUAAGAAGGCACAUUGCUGUGGUGCCUCAAGAACCAUGCUUGUUUGCUACUUCAAUAUAUGAAAACAUUGCUUAUGGCCAUGACUCGGCUACUGAAGCCGAGAUCAUUGAGGCUGCUACUCUUGCCAACGCGCACAAGUUCAUAUCCGGCCUGCCUGAAGGAUACAAAACAUUUGUUGGGGAGAGAGGAGUUCAGCUAUCAGGAGGACAAAAGCAAAGAAUAGCUAUUGCUAGAGCUUUUGUGAGGAAGGCAGAACUCAUGCUUCUCGACGAAGCAACAAGUGCACUAGAUGCAGAAUCUGAGAGGUCUGUGCAGGAGGCUCUAGACCGAGCUUGCACUGGAAAAACAACUAUCAUAGUAGCUCACAGCAAUCUCAUUGCAGUGAUUGAUGAUGGGAAAGUAGCAGAACAAGGAUCACAUUCACAGUUGCUGAAGAAUCACCCUGAUGGGAUCUAUGCAAGAAUGAUUCAGUUACAAAGAUUCUCAAACAACCAAGUCAUUGGUGUUGCCUCAAGUUCAAGCUCCUCAACAAGACCAAACGAUGAUCAAAGGGAAAGCUAGCAAUUCUUAUAUAGAGGACUAUAUGACAUAUAAUACCAAUGAUAAUUGUUUUGGUAAUUUUUUCUUGUUUUGACCAUAGUAUAGUUUUGUGUAUCAUCCCUCUUCACCUUACAUUAAAGAAUGUAUCUUUGUAUUUGUGAAUCUUACUAAGGAAGACUACACAAUUGAAGAUUGAAAUAGAUAUAUAUAGAUGUCCAUCUUUAUGAAUUUA